AUGAAACAAACAGAACGUAGCUGGAUGUAUGAAAGGAAGGUUGGGAAAAGUAUUAAUCCAGAGUUCGUGAAAGGGGUUGAUGAAUUCAUUCAAUAUGUCAAAGAUAAUCUCGAGAGUAGUAACCCGAAUGAAGUUAGGGGUCCAUAUGAUAAGUGUAAGAACAAACGGCUUUGGGAUCUAGACACGGUUCAAAUUCAUCUGUUUCGCACGUGUUUUAUACCUAAUUACUAUGAGUUGAUGUGUCAUGGGGAAGGUUUUCCGAGAGUUCUUGAACGUCGGUCCAAUGAAUAUCGCGAAAUGGUUUUCGAUGCUUUUGGUCAUAGUCAGGAUCAAGGGCAUUCCGAGCAGGCUAGUGUUUCAUCAGAGGAGGAGCCUAAUGCACAAGCUAAGCAUUUUCUGGAUUUGUUGAAGGAUUCUAAAAGGCUAUUAUACGAAGGGAGUUCGUUGUUUGUGUUAGAGAUGGAUGCUGGAAUCACUAGUCUAAAGUGCGAGUAUAAUCUGCCCCACAGAUGUGUUGAUGGGUUUGUUUCUUUGCUUAGUGAAGCAAUUCCUAACAACAACCAUAUGGCCGACAUAUUCUAUGAGGUGAAGAGGAUUGUGAAGGGCUUGGAACUGCCUCAUGAAAGGAUUCACGCAUGCCCGAAAGGAUGUAUGUUGUUUUGGAAGGAUGAUGCUCAGCUGUCUACAUGUAGGGCGUGUGGCAGCGACCGAUACAAGCAGACUUCCAAGGGUAGUCUAGUGCCUUUGAACGUUUUGUUUUAUUUCCCGAUCACACCCAGGUUGCAAAGGCUCUUUACAACCAAGAACAUUUCGGAGGAAAUGACAUGGCAUUCAAAAAAUCCUCGAGUUCAAGGCACAAUGGCACACCCUAGUGAUAGUGAAGCUUGGAAGCACCUCGAUAGUUGA